AUUACUUUUGACUCUUUUCUUUAGUAAAUAUGGAGACAGAAACAGAUUACUAUGAGCUUUUGGGUAUAGAGAUCACUGCAUCCGCAGACGAUAUAAAAAAAGCAUACAGAAAGAAAGCUCUCAAGGUACAUCCUGAUAAAAACCCUAGUCCUGAUGCAGCUGUUCUUUUCCAUGCCUUGACACAAGCACAGGAUCUUCUGCUUGAUACUAGCAGAAGAAACGAUUAUGAUCAGAAACAUCGUGCUCGACAAGAGCAGCGAAGAGAGCAUGAAGCCAAACGCGCCAAAACAGAGCAGCAACAAGCCAAAGCACAAUAUGAAGCUGAAUUGGCUCGAUUACGUGAAGAAGGUGCUAAACGAAGACAAGAGGAUUGGGUGACUGAACCAAAAGAAAAAGAGCCAGGUAAGAUUGACAUGAGGAUAGGGUGUGGACACUUAUCCAACUUGACAGAAUUACCACCUGAGACAGAAAGAGAUUGUGCGCUCAAAUUUAAAUGGAGUAGUAAACAUCGUUUAUCAGAAAAGGAUGUGGAAGAACUCUUAAGGACAGUGGCGAAUGUAGACACAGUGGCAUUAUCACAAAAAAAGAAACGAUGUGCUCUUGCUGUAUUCAAGACAGUGGUGGAUGCUUAUACAGUUAUUACAAAGAAAGAAACACAUCCUUCAUUAUCCAAGUUUGAGACAAUAGAAUGGGCUGCCAAGAAACCACCACCAUUGGUUGAGAAAAUGAUACGAGAAGAAGAAAUGAGAAGACAAGCAAGAGCUGCUUUGUUUGCAGUUGAUAAUCGUCCUCAAUCCAAGUCAGAUAAGCCUUUGUUCUCUGUUGGAACACAACCCUCCUUUUUUAAGGCAAUGAAUAUACCUGCUUUCAAGGUAAGCGGUGGUUAUCUGAUUGGAAUACAUCGCUAAUAUAUAUAUGAGCAGAAUAUCUCUUCUUCUAACAUGUCUGAUAAUGACUAUGAAGCUCUUACAUUAAUGAAAAUGAGACAAGCAGAAAAGGAUCGUCUGUUUUUGAUCAAUCAACAGUAAACAUAUAGCUAAAAAUAAUGAUAGUAAUACAAACGCAACUCAGGGCUGAAUCACAUCGCCACAAGAAAAUUUAUUUUUGGCUGAUGGAGUGGCUCAAUUAGAUAAAAAUGGUAACAUUGCAUCAUUUUAUUUAACCUAUAAAUAAAACAAAGUAAAAACAAGACAGAAC